AUGGCAGUUGUACAAGUCAACAAUAAUGCGAGAAACUUGCUCUACAAUGCCAUAAGUGGUGAAGAGUAUGAGAAAAUCUCCAGUUGUUAUACAGCCAAAGAAAUGUGGGAUAAGCUUAAAGUUACAUACGAAGGAACUAGCAAAGUAAAAGAAACACAUAUCAACAUGUUGGUCCAUGAUUAUGAACUCUUUCAGAUGAAAGAGAGAGAAUCUAUUGAAGAGAUGUUUGCCCGAUUCAGCAAAAUCAUUAGCGAUCUAAAAAUAUUUGGCAAACCACACUCAAGUGGUGAUCAAGUUAGAAAUAUACUUAGAAGCCUACCCACUACUUGGCAGACCAAAGUAGUCACGCUUGAAUCACAGGAUCUGAAUAAGUUAUCAUAUGAUGAACUUCGAGGAGAACUCAUAGCCUUUGAGAAAACACAUCUAAAGAAAACAAACCAAGAAGAAAAGAAGAAAACUGUUGCAUUCAAGGCCAUAACGAAAUAG